AUGCGUUCAACAGAAGAUCCUAUCGGUAAGGAGCCUAUCCUCGAAGAGCCUAUCGUAGAACCUGCUGCCGAGGAGUAUGUUGUUGGAGAGCCUGUCCCCGCAGAAGCUACUCCCGCAGAGCCUUUCGCAGAGCCUGCCCCCGAAGCGCCUAUUGAAGAGCCUGUCCCCGCAGAAGCUACUCCCGCAGAGCCCUUCGCAGAGCCUACCGCCGAAGCUCCUCCCGAAGUUCCUCUCGAAGAGCCUGUCCCCGAAGCGCCUAUUGGAGAGCCUGUCCCCGCAGAAGCUACUCCCGCAGAGCCUUUCGAAGAGCCUACCGCCGAAGCUACUCCCGCAGAGCCUUUCGAAGAGCCUACCGCCGAAGCUCCUCCCGAAGUUCCUCUCGAAGAGCCUGUCCCCGAAGCGCCUAUUGAAGAGCCUGUCCCCGCAGAAGCUACUCCCGCAGAGCCUUUCGAAGAGCCUGUCACCGAUUGGAGUCUUCCUGAGGCAUCGCCUCCUCAUGAAGACUGGCAUCUAUACAAUGCUCCUGCUGCCGAAGAUCCAUCUGUCAUGGAAGCACCUCUUGCUGAACCUUCUACUGAAGCUCAGCCUGACCAGCAUCAUUUGACUAGGGUUUCAGUUGCGGAUCUAGCUUUCUAUGCCGGUUGGGAUCAAUUGACGGCCAAAAAUAGAGCUAAAAGGAGAAGAAAGCUUGUGAUAAGGGGACUCCCAAUCCCAAAUGAAGAUGGCGUUGUUUCAAUCUCCGUGGCUUGA